AUCGCAAAGAAAUAGUACCAAAGAGCCCGAUGUCUCCAAUUGGAUGACGUAUUUACUUUACAGUAAAUCAUUUCGGAUUUGAAACAAGAUUCAAAUGUUUCUAAUGCAAAUAUCCUACGUGUAUGAAUAUAGUGUCCAUUUUGUGGAUUGUCACUUUUAAAAAUCCACGAACUUGUAUUCGUCCGCCUUGCUGAAGUGCACAGCCAUUUCCGGAUAGUUUCUCUCCUGAGCAGCCUCCAUCGCCAUUGCAGGUCCAGCCAGGGAGUCAGUGCAGCGGCAGCCGUCUGUCAUCAGGGGAAGCGCGCAAGUAAACAGCAAAAGGACGAAUAAAAUAGCCAUCAAACUGACAACACAUUUUCAAUCAAGACGUAGAGUUUAUCCGUUUGGACUUUUUACUAGCCGUUCCCUGGCUGUCCGGCUAGGAUCAGAGAGAAGAAGUCGUAGUUUGUUAGUAGUAGGAGAAAUAGGAGGAGAGCAGAGGAACCGCCAUGGCUCAGAUCCUGCCCAUCCGCUUUCAGGAGCACCUGCAGCUCCAGAACUUGGGGAUCAACCCGGCCAACAUCGGGUUCAGCACCCUGACAAUGGAGUCGGACAAGUUCAUCUGCAUCCGGGAGAAGGUGGGCGAGCAGGCGCAGGUGGUGAUCAUCGACAUGGCCGACCCCAACACGCCCAUCCGCAGGCCCAUCUCCGCCGACAGCGCCAUCAUGAACCCCGCCAGCAAGGUCAUCGCUCUUAAAGACGCCGCCAAAACCCUCCAGAUCUUCAACAUCGAGAUGAAGAGCAAGAUGAAGGCCCACACCAUGACGGACGACGUGACCUUCUGGAAGUGGAUCUCCCUGAACACCGUGGCCCUGGUGACCGACAACGCCGUCUACCACUGGAGCAUGGAGGGCGACUCGCAGCCCGUCAAGGUGUUCGACCGCCACUCCAGCCUGGCGGGCUGCCAGAUCAUCAACUACCGCACGGACGCCAAGCAGAAGUGGCUGCUUCUCAUCGGCAUCUCGGCCCAGCAAAACCGCGUGGUGGGGGCCAUGCAGCUGUACUCUGUGGACAGGAAGGUGUCCCAGCCCAUCGAGGGCCACGCCGCCGGCUUCGCCCAGUUCAAGAUGGAGGGCAACGCCGAGGAGUCGACGCUCUUCUGCUUCGCCGUGCGCGGCCAGGCGGGCGGGAAGCUGCACAUCAUCGAGGUGGGCACCCCGCCCACAGGGAACCAGCCUUUUCCAAAGAAAGCAGUGGACGUCUUCUUCCCCCCAGAGGCUCAGAAUGACUUCCCUGUGGCCAUGCAGAUCAGCUCCAAGCAGGACGUGGUGUUCCUCAUCACCAAGUACGGCUACAUCCACCUGUACGACCUGGAGACGGGCACCUGCAUCUACAUGAACCGCAUCAGCGGGGAGACCAUCUUCGUCACGGCGCCCCACGAAGCCACCGCCGGCAUCAUCGGGGUCAACCGCAAAGGACAGGUGCUCUCGGUGUGUGUGGAGGAGGAGAACAUCAUCCCCUACAUCACCAACGUGCUGCAGAACCCCGACCUGGCCCUGCGCAUGGCCGUCCGCAACAACCUGGCCGGAGCCGAGGAGCUGUUCGCCCGCAAGUUCAACACCCUCUUCGCCGGCGGCAACUACUCAGAGGCCGCCAAAGUAGCGGCCAACGCACCCAAGGGUAUCCUUCGUACCCCCGACACCAUCCGGAAGUUCCAGAGCGUUCCGGCCCAGCCGGGCCAGACGUCCCCCCUUCUCCAGUACUUUGGCAUCCUGCUGGACCAGGGCCAGCUCAACAAGUUUGAGUCCCUGGAGCUAUGCAGGCCCGUGCUGCAGCAGGGCCGCAAGCAGCUGCUGGAGAAGUGGCUCAAAGAAGACAAGCUGGAGUGCUCGGAGGAGCUGGGCGACCUGGUGAAGUCCGUGGACCCCACCCUGGCCCUCAGCGUGUACCUCCGGGCCAACGUGCCCAACAAGGUCAUCCAGUGCUUCGCCGAGACGGGCCAGUUCCCCAAGAUCGUCCUGUACGCCAAGAAGGUGGGCUACACCCCAGACUGGAUCUUCCUGCUGAGGAACGUGAUGCGCAUCAGUCCGGAGCAGGGCCUGCAGUUCUCCCAGAUGCUGGUCCAGGACGAGGAGCCUCUGGCUGACAUCACACAGAUCGUGGAUGUGUUUAUGGAGUACAACCUGAUCCAGCAGUGCACCUCCUUCCUGCUGGACGCCCUGAAGAACAACAGGCCCACCGAGGGGCCCCUGCAGACUCGCCUGCUGGAGAUGAACCUCAUGCACGCCCCACAGGUCGCUGACGCCAUCCUGGGCAACCAGAUGUUCACCAACUACGACCGCGCCCACAUCGCCCAGCUGUGUGAGAAGGCCGGCCUCCUGCAGAGGGCGCUGGAGCACUACACCGACCUGUACGACAUCAAGCGGGCCGUGGUGCACACGCACCUGCUCAACCCUGAGUGGCUUGUGAACUACUUUGGCUCGCUGUCAGUGGAGGACUCCCUGGAGUGCCUGAGAGCCAUGCUCUCGGCCAACAUCCGGCAGAACCUGCAGAUUUGCGUCCAGGUGGCGUCCAAGUACCACGAGCAGCUCUCCACGCAGUCCCUCACCGAGCUGUUCGAGUCCUUCAAGAGCUUCGAGGGGCUGUUCUACUUCCUGGGCUCCAUCGUGAACUUCAGCCAGGACCCAGAGGUCCACUUCAAGUACAUCCAGGCGGCCUGCAAGACGGGCCAGAUCAAGGAGGUGGAGAGGAUCUGUCGCGAGAGCAACUGCUACGACCCCGAGCGCGUCAAGAACUUCCUCAAGGAGGCCAAGCUGACCGACCAGCUGCCCCUCAUCAUCGUCUGCGACCGCUUCGACUUUGUCCACGACCUGGUCCUCUACCUGUACCGCAACAACCUGCAGAAAUACAUCGAGAUCUACGUGCAGAAAGUGAACCCCAGCCGUCUGCCGGUGGUGAUCGGAGGUCUCCUGGACGUGGACUGCUCCGAGGACGUCAUCAAGAGUCUGAUCCUCGUGGUGAGGGGCCAGUUCUCCACAGACGAGCUGGUGGCCGAGGUCGAGAAGAGAAACAGACUGAAGCUGCUGCUGCCCUGGCUGGAGGCUCGCAUCCACGAGGGCUGCGAGGAGCCGGCGACCCACAACGCCCUGGCCAAGAUCUACAUCGACAGCAACAACAACCCGGAGCGCUUCCUGCGCGAGAACCCCUUCUACGACAGCCGCGUGGUGGGCAAGUACUGCGAGAAGCGGGACCCCCACCUGGCCUGCGUGGCCUACGAGAGGGGACAGUGCGACCAGGAGCUCAUCAACGUCUGCAAUGAGAACUCCCUCUUCAAGAGUCUGUCCCGCUACCUGGUGCGCCGCAGGGACCCCGAGCUGUGGGCCAGCGUGCUGCUGGAGAGCAACCCCUUCAGACGGCCCCUCAUCGACCAGGUGGUCCAGACGGCUCUCUCUGAGACCCAGGACCCCGAGGAGGUGUCGGUCACAGUCAAGGCCUUUAUGACCGCCGACCUCCCCAACGAGCUCAUCGAGCUGCUGGAGAAGAUCGUUCUCGACAACUCCGUCUUCAGCGAACACAGAAACCUCCAGAACCUUCUGAUCCUGACGGCCAUCAAGGCGGACCGCACGCGCGUCAUGGAGUACAUCAACCGCCUGGACAACUACGACGCCCCCGACAUCGCCAACAUCGCCAUCAGCAACGAGCUCUUCGAGGAGGCCUUCGCCAUCUUCAAGAAGUUUGACGUCAACACCUCGGCCGUGCAGGUGCUGAUCGAGCACAUCGGUAACCUGGACCGGGCCUAUGAGUUUGCGGAGCGCUGCAACGAGCCGGCGGUGUGGAGCCAGCUGGCCAAGGCCCAGCUGCAGAAGGGCCUGGUGAAGGAGGCCAUCGACUCCUACAUCAAGGCCGACGACCCCUCCGCCUACAUGGAGGUGGUGCAGGCCGCCGACCAGAGCGGGAACUGGGAGGACCUGGUCAAGUUCCUCCAGAUGGCUCGCAAGAAGGCGCGGGAGUCCUACGUGGAGACGGAGCUGAUCUUCGCCCUGGCCAAGACCAACCGCCUGGCCGAGCUGGAGGAGUUCAUCAACGGCCCCAACAACGCCCACAUCCAGCAGGUUGGCGACCGCUGCUACGACGAGAAGAUGUACGACGCCGCCAAGCUCCUGUACAACAACGUGUCCAACUUUGGCCGCCUGGCCUCCACCCUGGUGCACCUGGGCGAGUACCAGGCGGCCGUGGACGGAGCGCGCAAGGCCAACAGCACGCGCACCUGGAAGGAGGUGUGCUUCGCCUGCGUGGACGGCACCGAGUUCCGGCUGGCCCAGAUGUGCGGCCUCCACAUCGUGGUCCACGCCGACGAGCUGGAGGAGCUCAUCAACUACUAUCAGGACCGCGGUUACUUUGAGGAGCUGAUCACCAUGCUGGAGGCGGCCCUGGGCCUGGAGCGCGCUCACAUGGGCAUGUUCACCGAGCUGGCCAUCCUCUACUCCAAGUUCAAGCCCCAGAAGAUGAGGGAGCACCUGGAGCUCUUCUGGUCCCGGGUCAACAUCCCCAAGGUGUUGAGGGCGGCCGAGCAGGCCCACCUGUGGGCGGAGCUGGUCUUCCUGUACGACAAGUACGAGGAGUUCGACAACGCCAUCAUCACCAUGAUGAACCACCCCACAGAUGCCUGGAAGGAGGGCCAGUUCAAAGACAUCAUCACCAAGGUGGCCAAUGUGGAACUUUACUACAAAGCUGUCCAGUUUUACCUGGAGUUCAAGCCCUUGUUACUGAACGAUCUGCUCAUCGUGCUGUCGCCCAGACUCGACCACUCCCGCGCCGUCAACUACUUCACCAAGGUCAAGCAGUUGCCCCUUGUCAAGCCCUACCUGCGGUCAGUACAGAACCACAACAACAAGUCUGUCAAUGAAGCACUUAACAACCUCUUCAUCACAGAGGAGGACUACCAGGCUGUGAGGACAUCAAUAGACGCCUACGACAACUUUGACAACAUCUCCCUGGCCCAGCGACUGGAGAAACACGAGCUGAUCGAGUUCAGGAGAAUCGCCGCCUACCUCUUCAAGGGCAACAACCGCUGGAAACAGAGCGUGGAGCUCUGCAAGAAAGACAAACUGUACAAGGAUGCCAUGCAGUACGCGUCCGAGUCCAAGGACGUGGAGCUGGCCGAGGAGCUGCUGGCCUGGUUCCUGCAGGACGACAAGAGGGAGUGCUUCGCCGCCUGCCUGUUCAGCUGCUACGACCUGCUGCGGCCCGACGUGGUGCUGGAGACGGCCUGGAGGCACAACCUCAUGGACUUCUCCAUGCCCUACUUCAUCCAGGUCAUGAGGGAGUACCUGUCCAAGGUGGACAAGCUAGAAACCUCAGAGUCCCUACGGAAAGAGGAGGAGCAGGCGACAGAGACGCAGCCCAUUGUCUACGGCACACCCCAGCUGAUGCUCACAGCAGGUCCCAGCGUGGCAGUGCCCCCCCCACAGGCCGCCUACGGCUACGGCUACUCGGCGCCCGCGGCCUACGGCCAGCCCCCUCAGGCCCAGCCAGGCUUCGGCUACGGCAUGUAGGGCCCGGGUCGAGCAGCCCUCCGGAACCAUCCAUCCAUCUGUUCCUCAGUCCUUCACCAGCCCAUUACUAUCUUCUACUCACCGCAGGGGAUACCAACAAGCAGUUCUUCUCUUCUUUUUAUUUUAUUGUUAUCUGUUUUUUUUGUUUUAUUUUCUUUCAAACUGUCAUGAAGGACUCCAUUUUAUUUCUAUUGUCAAUGGAAAAAAAAAAAAGAUUGGAUCACAAGUUGUUUUUUCACAUUCCAUAUUUACUAGAAUUAAUUUGUCUAUUUUAUUUUUGAAUGGGGAAUGGUUUGUGUACAAUGAAGGGGCUUGUGGAAAGAGGAAGUCCUCUUCUUAAUUAAAAAGGUCUGUUGUGAAGCAUCUGAUUUGCACUCUGUAGUGAGAAGAAACUAAUGUAGAAUCUCUUCAUUUUGAUGUGUGUGAGCAGCUUAUUCUGUCCGUCUGUAAAAUGCAUUUAAUUAUUGUAUAUUCAGAAACAAGAAAAAAUACAAAAAAAACAACAGCUACAAUGUUCUUCUAUAUUUGAACAAUGAGACUGCCGCUUCCAUGACCACAAACUAGAAACACUACGUAACACCAGUGAUGUCCCAACACUCGGGGAGGGGGGGGGCCAUGCCUGCGUAGCUCUUGAGGAACGAGAGAUUAUUUUAAAUGCAUACAGAAAAUUAGUUUUAUUAUCCUUCCCAAAUCAAGCCUAUGCAGGUGUACCAGUCAGACGGUGUCCAGGAGCAGGUGUCUCGGCGUGUAACAGAUUACCUCUGACCUCUGAGCUGUGUUACGUGCUCGUGUGGGACCAUUCCAUUUGAGGAGGGAUUACUAAAGAAACCUUAUUCUUCGGACCUGUGUGUAUUUUACUAACCUGCCCCUGCCUCCCUUUCUUUGUGCUAAGGUUUGUGUAUGCUGGAUAUCGUGGUGUUCUAGGUCACUGUUCUUCAGUGUACAGGAGAGAAUCUAAAGCCUUAGCCUUGAUUUCCUGGCAGGUUUAGGUUUUCUUUUCAGUUGGCCCUCUCUGAAUCUCAGAGUUAAAAAUCACACGACUGUGGUAAUUGGAUGUUUUGAUCAAAGGCUUGCGCGUAUACAAGAAAUCAAUCAUUAACUCCCUCUACCUUAUACUCUUAAACAAAAUGACUUUAGAUUAAGCGUGCACUUAAGAUAGUUGAUUGUGCAUAAUCUGGAUCAUGAACGAAACGGCGGUUUUCUUUUCCACAUAAAAUAAAGGCUUCUUGUUUGUCAAGAAAA